AUGCGGCUACCCGAGGGCAAUGACAACGUUAUCUGCGGUACCUCGGCGGUAGGCGGUGAUGCCAAAGGUCACGGUGUGGGGAUGUCGCUCCAGGAGCAGCAGGAUGCAGGCUCCACUAGUGCCACGCUCAGCAAAGCGGCCACCCAACUACUGGAGGGAGGCGUCGACGAUGCCGGCGUGAUGGGGGUGGGGGGCGAGAACGGUGUGCUUUUGCCAGGUCCCGAGGGAGGGGUCGAAGUGAGGGAGUUCCAAGGAGGCGUUCUGCUGGUCCGAAGAAGUGAAGACGCGAAGAAGAGGUCCCCGGAGCGGCUGAACUUGCACCGGCGGUGGCUUACAUCGUGCCCCAUCAUACAGGGAGACAACCGAUUGCGGCUGCUGAACUACCAGAACAACCUCAUCACCAAGAUCACGAACCUGGCCAACCUACCCAACCUGAUCUUCAUCGACUUGUACAAUAACGUCAUCGACACGCUGGAAGGGCCGCUAUCGACGAUGACUGCCCUCCGUGUCAUGAUGGUCGGGAAAAACAAGAUCCAGAAGAUAUCCAAUCUACAUUCUCUACGAAAACUGGACGUCCUGGAUCUACACUCUAACUCCAUCCAAACAAUGGUUGGGCUUGACGGUCUGCAGGAUUUGAGGGUGCUCAACCUCGCCGGCAACCAAAUAAAGGUCGUGGAGAACGUGAGUUGCCUCACGGCCCUGACAGAGCUUAAUCUCCGGAGAAACAACGUCGAGAAGCCCCCAACCCAACAAACUUUCAGGUCUCUGAUGGAGCUGAGCCUCUACGGCAACCCUGUUGCGGGCCAAAACGGUCUCGGUUCGAGCUACCGCAGUUACAUUCUGCAGCACCUGCCGAACCUGCACCACCUAGACCUCAAAAGGGUGACCGAUCACGGCCAAUCCAUUUCGCACCAAGGUUCGGACGGCAACUUGGCGCCACCAACGACAAGGACAGCGUCAGCCGAUGACGCCCGGGAGAGUAGGGGCGGGGGCAACAACGGCAGGAGCCGGACUGCGUUUCACGAGGCGAUGGGUAAUUCGGGCAAAGGCUCCAGAAAGCCGUCGGGGACGAGCCGUACGGGCGGAAACGGUGUCAGCACCAGCGGCACCAAUCGCAAUGAAAGAAGCAACGACGGAUUUCCGGUCCUGCUAGGCCAAGGCAGCGCCGACACCCAAUCACGCGCGGAACAUCACCCCGGCUCAAGUUUAUCAAGCCCGCAACAACAACAUCGACACCAGCAUCACCACUCUCGGGGCGGCGAUGACCCGAGGGGGCUUCAUCGUGCAGGGCCGGUGAUGUCUGCGCCCGCUCCCGACAAGGGUGCUAUCGGUAGCGACGGAAGGGUGCGUGGUGGCGCAUGGGAACAGCUCUCCCAGCAGACAAUGGCCGCUGGCGAGUGCGCCAUCACUGGCGGUGAUAGUUCCACAAGGGCGGCGAGAAAGGAGGUGGUUUUGGCUGUGGGCAACGGGAUGAGCCGGGCGGCGGAGGCGAGAGAGGCGGUGGCUUUGAAAAGAGCCAAGACGGACCGAGACGAGCGGGAAAAGACGGCGCUCAAGGAGCGGAGGGAGGCCAUCGAAGCCGCAAGGGAGUGCUGGGAGAGGCGCGGUGGCGGCUCCAUCACUUCUCGAGCAAGACAUCGCAGCUCUCGGGACUCUACCUCCACGGGCAAAGACAACACCAGCAGAAAGACCAGCGCCCACGUGAAGCCGCCGCCUGCAUCUUCGCCGUCGUGCUCGGCACCCACUGGCCCAAACCCAGCUGACAGCAGCAACACGGGCGGUGGGGCUGUUCCGCCACGGCCGGAGCCCCCGCCCCCAAGCCCACGCUCCCCUACCCCUCCAAGCAGACGCACAUCGUCCUCGGCAAACACAGGGAGUGAAGUGGCGGGGGUGGCAAGGACUGGUGGAGGGGUUGGAGGCCGCCGUUCAGGAAACGCCGGGCGAAGGGGCAGCAUUUCUGGCGGAGUGGGAUACUUCGAACUGGAGCAGCGGUUGCGGCACAAUAGAAUGGGCGUAGGUGAUGUUGCUGCAUCCGGGGGUGGUGUUCCUGGCGGAGCAGGCGGAAUCACGCUCAAGGUGUAUGGAGACGUGUGGCGGUGGCUAGGCGACGGGAAGGUGUGCUCGCUCAGGGAACAAGUCGUAGAGGCUCGGUUCUCGCUGGUCCAUGUGACUAGCGUCGCCAGGAAGGCCUCGACAAUAGCACAGACAUUUCCGAACCUCUCGUGCCUUCAGCUACUGGACAAUGACAUCCGCAGUCUUAGGCAGCUGGAGCGCUUGCGGCCAAUGUUGACUAACCUCACCGCUCUUCACCUCGGGAAGAACCCCGUCACGAGAAAUGCCUCGGAGGCGGCGCUUCGAGCCUGGGUGAAGGGCCAAGGUCCCUGUGUUAGCUUGGUCUCUCCGGGGCAUGGGCCAGCGAGUGACGGGAGGAGCAUCUGUACCGGAGAUCGCCGACAGUAUACCCAGCAGCAGCAGCAGCAUUGUCCGUUAACGAACGCAUCUGCUAGUCAACAACAAUAUUCUCCUCCCAGCACACCGACCACCCAGGCGACACCGCCACUCCCAGCGGCGCCUACACCUCAUCCUCCCUGUGGAACUGGCUCUAACAAUGCCAAACCAUUAGGCGGCAGUGACGUGGGCGUGCCUUCCCGAAAUAGUAACGGGCACGAGAAGGGUUGUGAGAAGACAACCAUAAGGAUCUUGGAACGAGGGGAAGCGGGCAACACGGUCAUUGCAGCAAGGAAAGACAAACAAAUGCAGAGCAAUGGAGACAAUAAGCCUGGUUCUGGGGGGAUCAUCGAGCAGUCGACUCGAUCGGCAUCAGAAAGACAAUCCGGCCCUACAGUCAGAUCGCAACACACGGCGGUCAACGAAUCGAACAACACUGCCGCCAGCGCCGCGCUUGUGAGGGUUGAAUGCACUGACCGGGACCCGUUGGUCUCGACCGAUGCUGCUUUCGAAAGACUUGCGGAGGCGAGAAGCCGCGCCGCCUCUUCCUCGUGGGGAGCUAUCGCUUUGGCAGGAUCGAGCACGGCUAGCCACCUGGGCGACGACCCGGAUGGUGUUAACGGCAUGGCGUGGGCGUCUUCGGCGCGAGGGGCGAAGCUGGCUUGCAAUGGAAUGGUGAAUUUUUAA